UUGCUUAUGACGUAUUUCCGCCUGCUAGCUGGAUGCUACCGUGUUUGCUUCAGGAUGUAAUAAAGUUUGGUCCGAACUAGAAGAGAAGCCGGAAGCAGGUUUCUGGACUCUUUUCUGUUCAAUAAUCGCCACUGUUGUUUCCGAGGAACCAGAACCGAAUCCGAACCGGCAAACGUCAGGACCGCGUUUCUGCUGCCGCGCUGCCUGAUGGGUAAAAUGCUAACGACCAAGCGGCGGUGAUUGGUGGAGACGGAGACACCUGAGGAUCGAUUGGUUCCGGUGGGCCGAACCCGGGAGGACCGGGUCCACCUCACAGGUACCCUUCUAGACUGGAGGUCCAGAGGAGCAUCCGAAACAGAACCUUCUGGACCAAACCAACUGCCAGAAAUGGCGGAGAACCUGUCGGCCCAGAGGGACCGCAUCCAGAGGCAGGUGGAGGCGCUGGAGCGGCGCCUGGCCGUGACCCAGGAGGAGCUGGACCUGCUGAGCAGUGAGACCGAUGGUGAAUCAGACGGGGAGAACCAGGUGGGACAGAGUCCAGCGGACCUGCUGGCCCAGAGAGAGAAGAUCCAGACGGAGAUCCAGAACCUGGAGGACAUGCUGGGUCCGAUGAGCGGCUCUGGCAGUGACGGCAGCAGCUCCAGCGACGAGAGCGAGCUGGACCUGUCUCCGUCUGUGGACUCGUGUCUCCAGCUGAACCUGGUCUACCAGCAGGUGGUCCAGGAGACGUUGGCCCACCUGGAGACGCUCCGGACCCGCAACCAGAAGCAGCAGAGGGAGCUCCAGGCCCAGAUCUCUGGACCAAUCAAAGCGUCCUCCAAGGAAGGCCCCGCCUCCUCCAGAGAAGGUCCCGCCUCCUGCCACCAGCAUCCCUCUAAGAUGUUCCUGGGCAGCUUCUUGAAGCCGUACUUCAAGGACCGGCUGACAGGACUGGGUCCACCAGCCAACCCGGAGGCCAAGCUGAAGGCGCUGAGGAUGACGGGAUGUCUAGACGACAGGAAGCUCAGGAUAAGAAGAUGGGACAGCUGGCAGAAGACCCUGCUGAUCCACUCGGUGACCAGGGACCACCUGAGGAGGGUGAUGCAGCCCAAGCUGUCCAGGUUGGACUUCCUGUGCAAGAAGCUGUCCUCGGCCCAGGAAGCAGAAAGACAGCAGCUCAUGGAGCAGAUGGACAGCUUGGAGAAGGAGAUCCAGCUGCUGAGGUCCAAGAAGGAGGAUGAGCUGAUCGGGGACAGAUAUGAAGAACAUGACUGGCAGAAAAUCUCCAACAUCGACUUUGAAGGGACGAGGGACGCAGAGGACAUCCGUCUCUUCUGGCAGAACUUCCUCCAUCCGUCCAUCAACAAAAGUCCCUGGAGUAACGAGGAGGUGGAGCAGCUUAAUGAGAUCUGCAGGAGACACCGGGAGAGGAACUGGGAGAAGAUCGCAGAGGAGCUGGGGACUGGGAGGACGGCCUUCAUGUGUCUCCAGAUGUUCCAGCGUUUCGUCUCCAGCUCUCUGAAACGAGGAAGCUGGACUCCAGAGGAGGACGCCCAGCUCAGAGAGCUGGUCCAGAAGAUGAGGAUCGGAAACUUCAUCCCUUACACUCAGAUGAGUUACUUCAUUGAGGGUCGGGAUCCAUGCCAGCUGCUCUACAGGUGGACCAUGGUUCUGGACCCCAGGCUGAAGAAAGGCCCAUGGAGCAAAGAAGAGGACCAGCUCCUCCUGCAGGCUGUGGCUCGUUACGGGGAGAAGUGCUGGUGGAAGGUCCGGUUAGAAGUUCCUGGACGCUCUGAUGGAGCCUGCAGGGACAGGUACUUGGACUGUCUGAAGAAGAGCAUAAAGAAAGGAAGCUUCGACAAACAUGAGGUGGAGCUGCUGAAGAAGCUGGUGGAGAAACACGGCGUUGGCCGCUGGGCAAAGAUCGCUGCAGAGAUUCCUCACCGCCUGGAUGCUCAGUGCAUGAGGGAGUGGAGGAAGCUGAUCCGACCUCCUGCUCAGGGCAGGAAGCAGACCCAGAAGACCCAGAAGGCCAAAGCAGGACGAGGAGGGUGGAAGACAGCCGCCGCCAUCAAGAAGGAGGAGAACACGGAUGAGGAGGAACAGGAGGACGAAGAUGAGGUGGUCCGGUACAUGGAUUCUAGUGAAGACUCUGAGGAGGAGCAGGAGCAGGAGGAGGAGUACAUCAUCCCCCCUAUGGAGGAGUGGAUCCCCCUGAAGACGAAACCAUCGUCCUCCAUGCUGAGCUUCCAGGCUGUGGAGCUCCCUCCUUCCUCUGCCGCUCCUGAUGGGACCUCUGUCCGCUCCACCGUCCUGGAACGUUCUGGAACUUCCGUCAUCAUCGGCCCUCCUCCCAGAGUGCUGUCCAGGGAGGAGCGCCACCGCUCCUCUGCCAUGCAGAUGGUGUCUCAGGAGGGGCUGCGCCUCCACCUGAGCGCCUUGAAGCAGAAGCCCAGAGUGAGGGGGGGGGGGCAGCUGCAGCACGAGCUGCAGGCCGCCGUCACGCCGUGGAUCGGGAACCUUCUGAUGGCUAAAACCCGCAGAGACACGGCCACAGACGUGCUGAGGGAGCGAGGGGAGCGGGGCGGCGUCUCCACCUCCUCCAUGUUUCUGCUGCUCCUCCAAGCCAUGAACGUGGACACACUGGGCUGCAGGGAGAUGAUAGAGCAGAGGAGGAGCCAGGCGGAGCUCCUGGCCCCGCCCCCUGCUCCCAGAUCACAGCCCAACCCCUGGCACGUCUCUGAGCUCCUGAAGCAGCAGAGGAGCAGGGGGAUGCAGGCUCCUCCUCCCAGCCAGCACCUCCUCCCUCAGACUCCUCCUUCUGGAGGUCCUCAGGUGUUUCCUCAAAGCACCUUCUUUGCUCCUGCCUCCAUCUACUUUGCUCCUGCACCUCCAGGCCCUCGGCUGCCAACCUGCCUCUCCUCCUCAGCUCCCCCUCUUGGUUCCAGUCUAACCAGUUUCCAGGCUCCUCCACCCAGUCAGACCCCAGCUGGCAGGGAUGAGGCUGCCUGCAGCAGUGAGGGCGGGGCUAAGCUGGAUAUGGGUGGAGCUAACAUCGAUGUAGGCGGGUCUAAAGUGGACUUGUGUACAGUCUGGCCUGAUGCAGGUGGCGAGAAAUCUGAUGGGCGGAGCAAUCCUGGACUGGUUGGAGGUGUGGAAGGAGGAGCGUUUGAAGAACCCCAUCAGCAGGAGGAAGCACCUCUAGAUUCUAAGCCUGUAUCCAUGACGACGGCACGUUCUCUAGAAACACGUCCAGACGUUUACGCCAUCAGCAGCGACCAUCCGUAUGCAGCCGUCAGCUCCUCCACCUCUGCUCCUCAGUCCUCCUGCCCCCCUCGCGUAGCACAGGCUCCGCCCACCUCCACAGAGACUACGGUUCAUCAGAGCGAAGGCAGGAAGAGGAGGCGGGGGGAUUUGGGCGGGGCCGAUUUGAUCCAGCAGGGGAAGAGAGUCCGAAGGCCGACCCCGAAGAUCAGGGAAUUUGCAGAGGUCAAGGCUAAAAAAGAAAAGAAGAAGCGACCCGCCUCGUCUGCCAAACAGAAGAAAGCUGGCAGGUCUCCGGCCCCGCCCUCGGCUCAGGCCCCCGGGUUUCAUCUCCUCCCUUGUUGGCCCAUUUGGGUUAUGACACCAGCUGGAUCCAUGUCCUUGGCUCAGGCCCCGCCCCCGACCAAGGUCCCGCCCCUGGCUCAGGCCCCGGCUCCGGCUCAGAACCCGGCCCGGGCUCAGACCCGACCCCUGGCUCAGGCCCCGGCUCCGGCUCCGGCUCAGACCCGACCCCUGGCUCAGAUCCGAGCCCAGGCCCCGCCCCUGGCUUUGGCCCCGCCCCUGGCUCAGGCCUCAGGGGUUCAUCUGCUGCCUAGUCUGCCCCUGUGGGUCAUGACCCCAGCUGCAUCCAUGUCUUUGGUUGCGGCUCUGCCUCCAGAUCCUAAAGUUCCGCCCACUCUGACAGCUGGAAGCUCAAAGGUUGUUGGUUUGAAUUCUGCUGCUACAGCAGGAGCCCCGCCCCCUGGGAACAUGAAGCUGCUCCUCCCAGCAGUCAACCAAUCACCUGAAAAGCCUGUGCUGCCUUACAGCGGGGUGGUCCAGGUGGACCCACUGAAGCCUCCUCCCCUGCGGAGGGUGGGGGUGCACUUUGAUCCCUCCCUCAUGUUCCUGGAGACCCAAGAGGCAGUGAAGGAUUGGCUGAGUGGGGAAGGGGGCGUGGCCAUCCCCGGGGCGAGGUCUGCCCUUCCCUACCUGCCGCCGUUCAUCAGCACUCUGAACACGCUCAGUCUGCUUCUGGAGUCCAAGAAAUCUCUGAUGACGGCGUCUCUGAAGCUGCUGGACAGCGUACACACACCUGUAGGCUCUCAGACCCAUCCUGGCUCCGCCCCCUCAGUGGGGCCGGACUCCAUGUCUGAGCAGAGAGUGGCGCCAGAGCAGCCAGGCGGCGCUCAGAGGUUCGUUCUCUCUGCAGACCGGCAGCAGGUGAAGGAGGUGCGUCAGCUGGUGGCCCAACGUUUCUCCUCCAACCCCGCCUACCAGCUGCUAAAGGCCCGCUUCCUGUCUUGCUUCACCGUCCCUGCACUCCUGGCCACCGUGGAGCCGCUUGUCAACAACAGCGCGGCGUCUGCAGCCGACGAGGAGGAGGAAGAGGAGGAGAAGAUGAAGAGAAUCCAGGAGAGAGGAAGGAGGAGGAAAGCCGAGAGAUCUCUGCUGCUGUCUGACGAGUCUGCAGCUUCAGCCUGCGACUUCUCAGGGAUUGACAUUGGCUCCAAGCCCGGUUCCCUCCCAGAUCUGGACAAUUAAAAAACCUCAGAUCAGAUUUGAGUUUAUCGUUUCUGAACCGGUUCAUGGAAAAAGACCCAGACCUGACUGUUACAGAGCAAUUCAAGUUCUUCUACUCACUGACCUUCAGAUGCAAAGGUAGAAAAAUGCUGAAAGUUCUUAAUGUUUGCUCUGAAGUUUGGUUCUGCAUCAGGUCCAGGUGGAGACUUGGUGUUUUUAUGGAACAGUUUUUGCACUGAAGGUUUGUGUUAAAAUGUUUCUUUUUGAAAAAUUAUUUUUUUAAUAAAAAAUGUUUUGGAUAUUAUG